AUGUUCUCCAGGGGCCACGAGAGGGGCCUCAGUGGAUCAGAUGAAUCCAACGGGGUAGAGGCACCUCAGAGUCCACACAAGUGGUCCAAGAGGAGGGAGCUGGGGGGUAAGAAGAGGACUCAGAGCCCCAAUGUGGGCCGUAGCCUGCGGAGGAAGCUCCAGAAGUUCCUGCAGGGGCCGGCAGGGCCAGGGGAGCCCUCCAUCCACCAGUCCCAGGACCUGCACUCCCCUGUGGAGGUGGAGCAGGACAUGUUUAUCUGCGGCCUGAAGAGAGACCCCUCCAGUGGGGAGUUCACUGGACUCCACUCCUUCCUGCCCAAUGGCCGAAGUCACACAGGGACUCUAAACCCACCUGUGGCUGGGGAGAUGGGGCUAAACAGAGAGGGCUUCAUCAACGCCCCCGGUACUGUACGCACCAACGGACCCACCACUAGCCUCCUGACCUCUCCCUCUGGAGAGAAUAGCAGCUCUGAAUGUCAGGAUGGGAUCGGGGUUGUGGAGGACACACAUAGGCCUUCUCCUAGUGAAGGGGAAGAAGAGGAGGAAGUUGAGGAGGGAGAGAAAGGCUCCAGUGACAUCGUUGAGCACAUCUUGAAAGAGCUGAGAGGUAUCAACAAGAUUCAGGAGGAGAUUGCAGACCUGCGGCAGUACCUGACCUCUGUGAGAGGCUCAGUGGAUGAGGUCUCCUGCUGUGUGGACGCAGUGCUGAGUGAGAUAGGGGAGCUCUACUCAUCUGGAGCCUCAGCACCAGGACCCCAGACCCCUCAGAGGCUCAGCGUCAGACGUGGCAGCCUGGGCAGACAGAAUGCCGUCACAGCCUUCCACAGGAGGGCCACCAGUCCGUUACUUGAGCGCCGGCAGGGGUCUUGGGACAAAGACCCAGUGAUGAUGCCACCCCAGGGGUCACCUAAAAGAUGGAGAGAAAGGUUAGCUCCUUGCCAACCCGAACCAGCCGACCAGGAGAAUUCCGACCACAGCUCAGACGUGCCCUCUUCAGGGCCAGGGCCCAGUCAAGCCAGCCUCUCCUACCUGGAGCAAGGGUAUGCCCAUGACUGCCCCAGCACCAGCUCCCUGUCGUCCGGCCACAGCUCCAACACUCUGGACCUGGACGCCAGGUACCGCUCAGUUAAGGCCAGGCUAUGGCAGAGCGGCUGGGCCUCGGUGGGCAUGCAGCACAGUGUGAGCGGAGAUGGGGGGUGGAGCGAAGAAGACGUCUGCUCCUGUCAGAACAGUGGGGAGGAGGUGGAGGACCACUGUGCAGGGCCAGGUGGCUGGGACAGGUACACCACAGGAGACACCAGCAGCACCCCAGGCCAGUCCUCCCACAGCAGUUCAGAGCACCUGUCCCUGCUGUUCGGCCUCCACAAGAACUCCCCCUCCAGCUCGUCCAGUGUGGUGGACUGGCAGCACCCCAGGCAGCAGGGCAGCAAUGGACACCUAGAGUGUGACUGUUCAGCCAACUGCCCAUACUCCCGGAGCUCCGGCUACCACACAAUGGAGGCCUAUGCUGAUGAUCUGGGGAGCUGUGGGCCGUCCAGGAGCAUGAGUCGCUCCACUGUGCUGCUCACAGACUGUGAUGAUGGCUACCUGGAGCGGCACUACCCCUGUGACCACUAUACGUCCUCCGCUGACCCCCUGGACAUGGGAUCCGCCGAGAGCCUGGACAGGGAGUGGACUGAACAGUCUGUCCCAGGAGACGAUGCAGGAGAGUGGGGGUUGGGGGACCUGCCUAGCACUGAGCCUGAGAACACCCAGCCCCUCAAUGUGGGAUUUGAUGCGAAAAGCAUUGGGAAGGCUGUGCUCACAUUUAGGUCGGCUCUGAAAGGGGCUCUGAGGAAGCUGGAGGGUUCGAGCCCGGAGCCUGGCAAUGAUGACAGUGAGUCUGAAGCAGCUUCCUCUCCUGUCAGACCCUGCUCCCCUGAUCCCCCGGAGGGAGAGAUCACUAUGCCAACUGAUCACGUUCGCUCUGGGUCUCCACUGGAAGAAUACAGCGAGGCCUCAGUCUAUGUGGACUGCAGCUCAGCCCAAGAGAACCUGCCUUGCUCCCUACAAGCAUCCCCAAAUGAAAGGACUCACUCCCCCUGCACCCCUACCGAGUAUCACUCUAUGGAGCAUUUAGAGAGCCAAAGAGAGUAUCAGACUGAUGGAGAACUGUCCAACCCAGAGCUGACACCAGACCACAGUCCUCCAGGAAGAGCUGGGAAGAGUUCAGCAGAGUCUAAACUCAGCCCGGAGGGGAUAGGGUUAGAUCCAACAGGGUUAAGUCCAAUAGGAGAAGACCACGAUGGAGCUGAUCAGGAUGAGUUUAGUGAACAGGAUGUUGUUAGCCCUAAGAAGGAACGCCUUGCUAAUCUGCAGCGCAUCCUGAAAGAAAGGAGACAGAGACGCAAACUUUCCAAAACUUCCGAAGGAUCCCACUCCACUUUCUCUGAGGAGGAGUUCAAUCCAGGUAGAUCUCCUUUCAUGUGUGCUACAGUAUUUGCAAGUCCAGCGAAAAACUCAUAUUCCCUAUGUACCUAAACUCUGACUGAUUUUCUUGGACUGCAUUAGACGGAAAUUACACAUGUAGCCCGUGAUUUAUACCUAUUAAUGUAGCAUUAUAAGAUAUGAUCGAUCCUGCCACCUUGGAUUGCAAAUUGUCACUAUUGAUUGCUAGUGUAGUUGACCUGGUUCUUAGCUAUUUAUAUCCAUGAACCCUAAUGUUGUCUUUUUUCACGGAUGUUCUUCCUUCCAGAUGGCAGCAGAGAAGAUGACCAGGUUACUCUAAUGAAUAUCAAAUGAGCUCCCUUUUCAGUUAUGUUUUGUUGUUUUCAUUUACACAGAUAUAUUUUGAGUUUUGGUGCGACUGUUGCAUUUGCCGUUGGGUGUUUUCAUAUCGUAUGCACGGAGCCAAGCAUGGUCCCCUAAUGUUUGUUUCCCUUUUGUUUUGUCAUACCUUGAACUGAGGUGUUUAACUCUGUGCUUGUGAUUUAUUGUUGAGGUUUGCUCCUAAUGAAUGCAUUUUCAAAUGGCUUUAGAAUUAUGUUUUGAUCGAAUUAAAAACACCUAUUAUUUCUGUACUUCAAAACCUGAAUAGGGUAAAAUAAUGAUGUUCUUGGCAGCAUCAGACAAAUAGAAAACACUGUGGUGAAGUUGUUUUGGAGAAGCCAUAUUCUCGGCACCGGCUUCAUUGUUUACAUACAGCAGCCGAUCCUGCCUGGUUCCCUCAGAACUGUUUCAAACGCUGUCAGAACCUCCUAGUACUGGGAGAGGAGAGCCCCAGAGGGAUCCAGCUACCUAACUGUAGCCCCAUUCAUCUGAGAGGAGGAGGCACACAGGCGCUGAUGAAACACUUUACCUCGGAGGAAGAGAGAUGAAACAUUUGUAGUUAUUGUGAAACUCCAAAAGAGUUCUCUGAAGUACUUCCCUCCCAAAGUUCUCCCUGUUGUACUUUGAACAUCUGCGCAACAAAAACAAGUUGUGCCUUGUUUUAUCUGCAUCUGUACUUUGUAGUGAUGUCGGACAGCAAACUGCUCAUUGUGUUCCUCAUCUCCUUCCCACAUUUGAUUUUACAUGCACCUCCCUCUUGCUAUUGAGAUAAACAUAUAAACAAUUAUCAUUUUUGUUGUUGAAUUUGAUUUAGGCUUUUCAGUUUGGCAACAAUCAUUACAUGCCAUGUAUGGAUCAAAUGUGAUCCUCUCCUUGUCUCGAGACAUUACUUAAAAUGCUGUAGUUCUGAAUGCGUUUUGUUCUGCAUGUACCAUCCAAGAGGUGAAACUCAACCUGCUGUGUGUCUUUCCAUUCUCUCUAACCUCUGUGUACCUUUUUACAUAGACGAUUAAGUAUAUUUGCUGUGGUCUAAUAACUGAAUCUGAAAAUCUAAUGUUUGUUAAAUCCUGCAGGGUCGAGAUGAUGGACCCAACUCCAGACAAGCUUGGAUCAAACCAGGGUAAAUCAUAAUGACACCCAAAACAUUUCUGUCAAUGUUGAUUUAGAUUUGGCAUGCCUUUUUAAUGUGCUGGAAAAGCUGAUGCAUGUGUUUAUGUGUGUUCUGUACAAGUGUAUCAUUCUGUUCCAUGUCCACAGUGGUGGAAGUGGUUUGUUUGGGAUUGACAGCAUGCCAGACCUUCGUAAGAGGAAGCCUAUACCCCUGGUCAGCGACGUGGUAAGUGUUGCCUCCCAUCCUUCUCAAUGCUAAAAAUCACACUUUCUGUCCUGUCUGUGAUAUCAUGAGGAAUCCCCAAGAUAUCACCUAGUGAGGCACAUGUGAAACCAGUCUUACAAUCUCUCUAAUUAUUCCCCACAACUCUCUUGAAUGCAAUCACUCUCCUUGGUCAGGCUAUGGUAAGUGGAAAAAACACAAUUGCUCCUCCCCUUUGUAGUCAGAAAAGAAAAGGUUAUACUGUUUAUCAAGUAGGACAAGAAAUUGUACAGCAUGCAGCUGUUCUGCAAAUAAUGUGCACUAAUUUGCAACGGGUUUCAUGGUACACAUAAGUAACCAAAUGUCACCAUGCAACUGCACUGUAGUGUUCCUACUUGAUAUAAUAACUUUAAGCAACAUUCCCUUCCUUGUAUUCUACCUCUCCCCUUAAUUCAUUCAUAUGAUAGAUUUAUUUUGUUCUGUUGGGUUUUUUAUACUCCACUGUUACGUGCUGAGCCAUGUACAGACCAUCACUACCGGGGUUUUAACUGAAUCCACCAUUGGUAACACACACACACACCUGGGUUAGGUGUCUGUUUCUUCGACUGGUCAGUGAUGGUAUAGUUCCUCCCAUGUUGUCACCUCUUACAUGACCUGUGUUGUAACAAUCCUUACAUUAGUUCCGUCUUUCAUCCGGUUUGGUUUGGGGUGUUAAAACUCUAUGGGCCUUGGACUACUCACUUAGGUAGGACACUCACUGUGUAAAAAGGUCCUAACAACUCAUUAGAAAUGACUUCUAACACAAUACUCAACCGAUCUUUGUGAUCACUGUUUGGGGUUAGUUGUGUUAAUAACAUGGCAACUAACAAUAUUUUCCACAGUCACUGGUCCAGGCUAGAAAGGCUGGAAUCACCUCUUCCAUGGCCGCACGGUCCUCCGUCAAAGACGAGGAGCUGGUGAGUACAUCAUAAUCAAGACUCUAUUCAAAACUCACCAGAGAGAACCAAUAUCAUAGGAACAAGUCAUAGCUCAGUAUCCUCACUCUCUCCUCCUCCCUCUGUAGAAGAACCACGUGUACAAGAAGACUCUACAGGCUCUGAUCUACCCCAUCUCUUGCACCACGCCCCAUAACUUUGAGGUGUGGACAGCCACCACGCCCACCUACUGCUACGAGUGCGAGGGGCUGCUGUGGGGCAUCGCCCGCCAGGGCAUGAGGUGCUCCGAGUGUGGGGUCAAGUGUCACGAGAAGUGUCAGGAGCUGCUGAAUGCUGACUGCCUGCAGCGUAAGUACAGCACCAGCUGAAGCUAGACAAAGAGGAAGUGUGUUUAAGAUCAUUUUGCGACGACACAGCCUUAUUGCUGAGCUGUCGAAUGCAUUCAAUAGGCAAUCACACGAUUGACAGUGUAUGAGACAUAGAUGUCCAUUUGUAAUAGAUUUGUACUGACACGUUUCCAGACUUUGUCUACAGAGUUCGUGGCUCUAACUUUCCUGUUUAAUUACUUUUACCUCCUCACCAUCAGUGAUAUGUAAAGUACUGUGGAAUUAUAUGGUGUACUCCGUUGGUUAUGAUUGAUGUUGCACUAAAGACAUAGUUAUACAUCCAACUGCUUUCAGUCAUUCUGAUGACUCAGACUGGAAAAUAAAUUGCUUUUAACAACUGGAAAGAUAUAUUCAAAUGUGCCUAUUUACAUCACCACCUUCACAUAAGGUGCCAAAAAGAGACUCCUAUUCUAUUUACUGUAAUUGUGUGUGUUCUGAUUUUCUAGGUGCUGCGGAGAAGAGUUCAAAGCAUGGGGCUGAGGAUCGUACCCAGAACAUCAUCAUGGCCAUGAAGGACCGCAUGAAGAUCAGGGAGAGGAACAAGCCGGAGAUCUUUGACGUGAUCCGGGAUGUCUUUGUCAUCAGCAAGGGGAUCCACGCUCAGCAGAUGAAGACCAUCAAACAAAGUGUACUGGACGGAACCUCCAAGUGGUCGGCCAAGAUCACCAUCACAGGUACACAGACACAGGGAGUAAUGGUAUGGCACCAGUGGUCAUGUUCCACAAACUGUUCUAUUCUACUAUAACUAGUCUUUUUCUCUUCCCAUCUGACUUUGUCCAUGUCUCUUUAUUGAUUUCUAAUGACUAAUGUCUGUGUCGUCCUGUCUGUCCACCUGUGGUAUGAUGUCUCCCUGCCUCCUGUCUCACUGGUCAUCUGUCUGUCUGCAGUGCUGUGUGCCCAGGGACUGCAGGCCAAAGAUAAGACGGGUUCCAGCGACCCCUAUGUCACGGUCCAGGUGGGCAAGACCAAGAAAAGGACCAAGACCAUCUACGGCAACCUUAAUCCUGUCUGGGAGGAGAAGUUCCACUUGUGAGUCUGACUUGGCCCUGCACAUGUAGUCUGUAGUCUGUAGUAGUAUUAUCUUGUAAGAGUGCGUGUUCCUAUAAUGUGUAAGCAGGCCAAGACUUCUUUGCAGCCGAGACUUCAAGCCUCAGGCCGUCUAGGUUUCCUCACCCAAAGGAGUAUGUGGUCUUAUUUAACCCACUUCCAAAAUGUCACAUGCUGUCUGGAGCCGUUUGACAAUGGGAGACACUCAUUUAUUCAGGGUAGUAGUGCACAAACAUAAUGAACUAUAUCCUUAUCCCCUUAAAGGACAUUAGGCCAAACCUAGUUCAGUUGAAUUAUCUAAGAAUGAGCUGCAAUAUUUACAUCCAAGCAAUGUAAUUACCAUGCCUAUCUGUUCUUUGUAUCAAGUCUUCACAUUAACACUACUUUACUAAUUUUCUCCCCCAGCGAGUGUCAUAACUCGUCGGACCGCAUCAAGGUGCGUGUGUGGGACGAGGACGAUGACAUCAAGUCCCGGGUGAAGCAGCGUCUGAAGAGAGAGUCCGAUGACUUCCUGGGUCAAAGCAUCAUCGAGGUCCGCACGCUCAGCGGAGAGAUGGACGUCUGGUACAACCUAGGUACGUCCUCUCUAUCCUACAGUAUAACAUCUACUGUAUGUGAGAGGAUGGUGGCUGCCUGUGUUCAUGAGACCCAUCGUUAUUAUAUUAAGUAAAGGUACAGAUAAGUCAAAGGGAUCAGAAUGACCGCAUCAUAGGCGCACAUUACAACACAUCACAGCCCUGAGAAAUAGCAGGGGGUUCACACAGGACAUGUUUUUGGAGUUGUUGAUUCAAAGGAGAUUCUUGUUCUUAAUCUAAUGUUCAUGUGUUCUCUGGAGUGAAGCCAUGAAACUGUCCAUACCAGGCCAACUCUGAGCUGUUGGAAAGUGUCCAGUGUACAGGGCAGUCUCUUUUCUUUAUAGCCAGAGCAGCGCCGGUAUCUCCUCUAUAUAACCUUACAUAGCAUCCCUCUCCCUUUCACAGCCUCUCCUCAGUCUUCACAUGCCACUGUGCUCCCUCCUCAUUGUGUCCGAGAGGCUCUAUUUUUAGUGUGUGUGCGUGGGGCUUUGUCGGAAUCAACGUGGAAGUGCUUUUAUUCAGCCUCCGUUUUGAGGGAAUAUUCCCUUAUACUGAUCUGAUGGGGUUGGUGUGAGAAUCAAAAGGUUUCAGAUGAUCAAAAGGGGGAAGGUUGUUUGUUUUGUUCAUGCUUCAUUUAUCCUGGAAUCCUCAGUUAUCCAGAUAUGUACUGCUGUAAUCCCUAUCACUCAUAAAUCUGCCGUUGGCAUAUUCUGUUAGUAUCCUUAUUACAUCCGCCAACCCCCCUCCCCUUCCAUUUUGAAUUAUACUCGAUCAUUAGUAUACUCUGUAGGAGGGCUGAAAUCAACCCUUUCAACUAACAGAUUAUUAGUUGCUACACAGUGCUUUGUCUUAAUGGACUAUCUGUCACCGGGUUAGUUAAUGAUGGGUAGAAAGAAAAAAAACAUAAAAUCAAAAUGUUUUUGUUAUAUACACAGUUUACAGCAGGUAUAAAAGGUGCAGCGAAAUGCUUAUGUGCUAGCUCCCUCAACAAUGCAGUACAUAAAUCAAUACCGAAGACCUCUUACAUUAGCACAGUGGGUUAGUUAGCAUCCUAGCAUCUCUGCCUCUUUCAUGUCACCAGCUCUGUUCUAGCCCUCUUCUGUAGUCCAGUCUGUGUUGUGCUUGUACAGUCUGUGUUGUGCUUGUACCUCAUUACCCACGUCUCCCUUGGCCAGCAGCACCAUUUUUCUUGCCCAAUUGCCCAGGCGAGGAGUGGCCCUAAGGCUCCUACUUGCCCUGGAUAAAAAACAUUGUCAGUCCCCGCCAUGGUCUUUACUUUCCCCUGGGCUUACUCUCACUUGUGCUUCCUCUCCUGCCCCUCUCAGUCUUCCUUUGUACACAUGGCUUCUUUCUUCAUCUGUUUUCUAGCUUUUACACUCUCCCUUUUGGAAUGGGAUGGUUAGGGACUCAGGAGGAGGGUGGGGUGUUGAAAAAGCUCUUCAAUGUUCUUCUAGCUUUAAACACUUUCCAAAAGUGAAUUGUUUCAUUGCCCCUGGGGCGUUCCUUUUUCUUCCUUAUAAUGAUAGUCAACCUUUUUAGGGAUGCCUCACUGUCUGUCAUAGACUUCCUCAUCCCUGCAGAUGAGAUUCACAACAUCAGUAACUCAUGGUGUGUGUUUGUUUGCGUGCAUGGGUAUGUGAUUAACUGUGCCGUUCUGAAGCUGCAGGCCUCUGUUUUGCCUAGUUAAUCAUGACUUUUUGAAAAUGACUCCACCAUGAUACUGAAAAGGCCUUCAAAGAAACAGCACUUCUUGAAUGUUAAAGUGAUUGUGCAGUGUGUUAGCCCUAUGAGAAGGGGAAACGUCUGUACACCUUCCCUAGACUGUGAAAUAUACAAUUAGCUAAUGUUACUCAUUGAAUGUGUUCGAUACCACACUAAAAGAGGAGAUUGAAAUCAGUAGCAAACCCACUCUCUCUCUCUUUCACCUCCCCUCCAUCUUCUCAGAGGAGAGAUCCUCCUUGAUUAAUAUGUAGCACGCUCCAGUCGUAUAGCGACCGCUUCGACGACACGUACAAAUUACCCUAAUAAUGUGGCUGUCAGGGGAAAUAGCCGGGGUGAGCUGCCGAACACAGCACUUCCAAAAUAAGACCAGCUGAAGUGUCCUCAGCUGGAAGAACAAGAACAAAUCCAUACAACCCUGAGCCCUUGUCCUCAGUACAAACUGGAGUAGUAGUCAUAUUAGUAUAGCACACACUGAAUGUCCUUGUAGCGGAUCCACUGUAGACCCGUUGAUAGUAAUAGUCUGGAAUUGCCGUUAGAUUAGCAGACCUGGUUAGUGUGACAGAUCUAGAGUAUAGUAAUUGACUCACUGACGUGUGUGUGUCUACUGUUACAGAGAAGAGGACCGACAAGUCAGCCGUGUCCGGUGCUAUCCGUCUCCACAUAAGUGUGGAGAUCAAGGGAGAGGAGAAAGUGGCUCCCUAUCACGUCCAGUACACCUGUCUACAUGAGGUACGACACUCAGUAAUCUCUCUGUUCAUAUGAUAACUGCAGACACCAUCAGUAAAACUAGUCCUAAACCAGCUCUAAAACACAGCUACUUGUGGGUCUCUGUAUCACAUGGACAUUGUGGCUGUCUGCCUUCCAGAACCUCUUCCACCACUCAACGGACGUUCUGGGCCAGGGGGUGGUGAGGAUCCCAGACGCCAAAGGAGACGAUGCCUGGAAGGUGUACUUUGACGAGGUGGCCCAGGAGAUAGUGGACGAGUUUGCCAUGCGCUACGGGAUCGAGUCCAUCUACCAGGCCAUGACGUGAGUCAGAGAAAUCUGAUGACUCUCUCUCUCUCUCUCUUGUUCUCUUUCUCUUGCUCUCUCUGUUGUUUAUUCUCUCUCUUGUUCUCUCUCUCUUUCACUCUCUCUCUGUUGUCUCUUAUCUCUUUCUUGUGCUUUCUCGUUCUCUCUCUCUCUCUCUUUUCUCUUAUCUCUCUCAGUUAUUUAUCUUAUCUCUCUCUUGUGCUCUCUCCGUCUCGCUCUGUCCUUCUCCCCCUCUCCUCCCCCUUUUCUCUAAUAUGAAAUAGCCAUUUGGUGCUGUUGUCAUUCCCUGGUGGCCUCCAAAUGAAGGAAAGUCAAUUAUAAAUGGUCUGAGAAUGGAUCUGUCUCCAUGAGGUGCCAUUCUCCAUACAGAUGCCUGUUAAUCGGCUCCAUCAUUUACACAAAGCACACUCAGGUGGCCAUCCCUCAGCCGGAAUGGGGCAGGGGCCUGAUGGGAGAUAUGAGACAGCCGUCCCAUGUAGUGCUAGCUAGCUAAACAUAGGCCUGCUCUUGUGCAGUGUGUUGUAAAUCCUAUUACGUCCCUGAAAUCCACUGCUACUGUAGAUUAUUUUGCCCCAUAAUGAAGGAAGAUAUCUGUGUGGUGUAAAUUGGGUCAAAGUACAUAAACAUGUUCUUUGCAUUUUUACUUGAACAUUACAUUGCGAUAAUUAUGUAAUGUGAACAAGAGACAUAAUGAAACAUUAAAAUAGUAGAAUCAACCAACGUUGAGCUGCUGUCUCUGAGCCCUCCCUGACAGUGCCCUCUCCUGGUGUGUCUAGGCACUUCGCCUGCCUGUCCUCUAAGUACAUGUGUCCUGGCGUUCCGGCGGUGAUGAGCACCCUGCUGGCCAACAUCAAUGCGUUCUACGCCCACACCACCGCCUCCACCAACGUCUCCGCCUCUGACCGAUUCGCUGCCUCCAACUUCGGGGUUCGUAUGGCCCCACACCCCUUUCCCUCCCAAACCUAAUAACACUGUCUACGUUGUACUUGUCAUAUACCACAGGUUGCCUUUCUCUGGAUGAUUUUCACCUUAAUUGGUUCUCUCUUCCCUCCAACAGAAAGAGCGCUUUGUCAAGCUCUUGGAUCAACUCCACAACUCCUUACGCAUUGACCUCUCCACAUAUAGGGUAAGUUGAGAAGUUUUAACAUAAAUCUCAAAAUAUGCACCUUUCCCUUUUAUCUCUGUUUUUCUAAUGGAAUGGUCCCCAAUUAUACUCUCUCAGAACAACUUCCCUGCCAGCAGUAAGGAUCGUCUCCAGGACCUGAAGUCCACUGUGGACCUACUGACCAGCAUCACCUUCUUCAGGAUGAAGGUAUAGGCCAAGGGCUGGGCUACAAAGACUCUCUGUGAAGAAACCUUUGCUCUACUCCUGCCUGUGAUCUGUGUAGUGUCUUCCUUACUCUCAAUGAGUACAACUAUUUGUGCUAUGACAGUAAAUCAUCACGAUAUAAUAUCACUCUUUAUAGUGCUGUGUAAGCGCUCUCUCUCUCUGUAAUGCUGUAACGCUCGCCAUCUCCCUCUGGUGUUCAGGUCCAGGAACUGCAGAGUCCCCCCAGAGCCAGUCAGGUGGUGAGGGACUGUGUUAAGGCCUGCCUCAACUCCACCUAUGACUAUAUCUUCAACAACUGCCAGGAGCUGUACAGCCGCCAGUACCAGCUGCUGGACACAGUGAGUCGCUCAGUCUAUCUCAGUUCUACUGCAGUGUCAUUUACACUAACAGAAUGAAUGCAGGUUAUUCAUAUUAGAAUAUCCUUUGGUGAUGACAUUUCACUUCCUUAUGUUAUAAAAUACAUUUUACCAAGACAAAUAUCAUUAUUCAUUUUCGGAAUUGUUCAGUGGGGUCGUUCUCUAACAUAUCAUUUAACAUUAUAUCCAAAAAGAUGUAACUUAAUGCAUCCAAUAAUAAGCACCAAGCUCGUUUUCCAAGUUGUUUCUGCGUGUUGCAAAUAGCAAAAUUAGCAUGACACGAGCUGAAUUACAUGUAAAAGGCUUUGAAAAUAAAAAGCUUGCAGUACCCUCAGUGCUCCGUUGACAUUUCACAGAGCUACGCUUGUUUUUGUGAGAACUCUUUGGAAAAAGAACAGGAACGUCGCAUUAAUAUAAACAGCGUAUACUCAAAUAUUAAAAUACUAUAUGUCAUGUCUCAAAAUCGAUAUUUAUCUUACCUCUAUAUUGUUCUAUGUCCUCCGUAUUCGAGAAUAAAGAUUACGAGUUCAAUAGGGAGCCUGUCAGUUAGCCUUAAUUCUUGCACAGCAUCCAGCCUAGCUGACGCGAUGCUAUUUUCCUGAUUUAUGACAUAUUUUUUUCUCUGGCCUCCAUUGAUUUAGUCUCCCUAAUUUUGACCAUCCUACAAGGGUAAAAACCAAUAACUUUUUAACGGAUUGUGAUAGAGACAUGAGUUUGAUUAUCUACACAAUUAACAUAUCAUUUUGCCCAUUGGUCAAAAUGUGUUUUUCAAUGGACACACUUUUCAUAUGAAUAUGUCAAGGGAUAUCACUUUAAUCCAGCAGAAUUGUGUUACACGCAGUGUUUUGUCUGACUGGGAGUGUGGUUGUGUUCUGAUCCAGCACAAAGAGGAUCUUCCCCUGGAGGAGCAGGGCCCCAGCAUCAAGAACCUGGACUUCUGGCCCAAACUGAUCACCCUUAUCGUCUCCAUCAUAGAGGAGGACAAGAACUCCUACACACCCGUCCUCAACCAGUUAGUACACACACACACACACACACACACACACACACACACACACACAGACACACACACACAAUAAUAAUGUAUGUACUCCUGUACUAUUUCCAGUGUGUAAUGAUACUCUCUACCAUCUCUCCUCCAGGUUCCCUCAGGAGCUGAAUGUGGGGAAGGUGUGUGCUGAGGUCAUGUGGACGCUGUUCUCCCAGGACAUGAAGUAUGCCAUGGAGGGUAAGUCACCAAGGAUGACCUAUCAGAAGCCGAGCAGACAUGUGCCCAAUCUGCAUCAUUUUGGGGAUCAAGCUCCUCAACCACUAAUACCAUAUUCCCAGACUUAUUGGCGCUACCUUGCCUUUUGUCUGAGUGUGUUUGUGUGCGUCGUAACUAUAUGGUGAAAGAAUGAGCCCAAGAGGAUACAUGUGGAGUGUACUAAAGGUACUAAGUAACAGUAGAAGGAAAAGGAAAUCUCCCCAGUCUGUCUUCUCCACCCCCUGUAUGUGGCUCUGUCUCUGUCUCAGCAUUGUGUGUCUCUUCUACCCUGUCUUUCUUUCAGUAAUGGAUAACGUUGAUCAUUACCAGUGGCUUCAGGGUAAGACUGCAUACUGUACUGUAGAGGAUAAAAGAGACCCUCUUAUUAUGCUAUUCUACAGUAUGUGCCAGUAUUCUGUUAGCCAUUAGAUAUUUCAGCAAUAAGGCCCGAAGGGGUGUGGUAUAUGGCCAAUAUACCAUGGCUAAGGGCUGUUCUUACGCACGAUGCAACGCGGAGUGCCUGGAUACAGCCCUUAGACGUGGUAUAUUGGCCAUAUACCACAAACCCCCAUGGUGCCUUAUUGCUAUUAUAAACUGGUUACCAACUUAAUUAGAGCAGUACAAAUAAAUGUGUUGUCAUACCCCUGGUAUACAGUCUGAUAUACUACGGCUGUCAGCCAAUCAGCAAUCAGGGCUCGAACCACCCAGUUUAUAUAAAUAUUUUAGUGUUGAAUAUCAUUUUAUUUCUAUCAGAGCACUGCGUUGUGAAUCUGGCCAAAAGUUGACAAUUUACGAUGGCAAGCCAUUUACAUUCAUAAGUUGUGUAUGGCUCGUCUCCAUUCCAUCCUCUCCGUCUCUCCACUUCCAUCUUGCUCUAUUUCUUUCUAUUUGUGUUGCCUUGUUCUUGUCUUUCAUUUCAUUCCUUCGGUCCGUGCUCAUUUCUCUGUGUUCUAGCCCCAUCUGAAUUCCACCUUCGUGGGCAGACGUUUUAUGCUGGUAAGAGCAUCAACCCCCACCCCAUCACUCCUCUUGUCUUGUUCUCCUCCCAGAACCCCCAACAUAUAAACCGAGUUAGAUCUGUGUUUCCAGUGAAAACUGUCAUUCCCAACAGAGAUGCAAAGUUAAUCCUAUAGGGAAGGCUGUUUCUCUGUGGUCCGAGAGUUUCUGACGAUGUUUUACAUAGAGAAUGAUGUGUAAGGCUGAGGGCUGUGGGAGGGAGGAGAAUGGGGAGAAGCUACACUGAAGCCGAGUAUGGAGGGAGGGAUGGAGAGAGAGGGGUAUCCCACUGGGGGAUGGAGGCGUUCUGGGGAGGUGAGAUACAGUAGAGCUCCAUGCGGUGCAGAGCGAGAGAGCGACAGACAGAGGGAGAGUAGAUGUGUUGGGUGUGAAAGCUGCUUAUGUCUCCCAGGACCCCCUCUAUUACCUCCUCUCCCCAGAGGUGGAUUUGUACAUCUCUAACUUUCCUCUGUCCUCAUGAAAACUCCUUUUCACACUCUCCCAAUGAUAGAUGUCUCUCACAGGAGAGUUGAAUGGUUAAGUCUGUGUGUGCGUGCAUGCGCUGCAGUGUGUGUUUGUGUGUGUCUUAAUCACCGUGCCCAGGGGCACUAGGGGAGUGGAGCCGCCCACCACACACUCAGCCUGCAGUAAGCCCACUUCAAAGCCCAGUUAGCUGUGGCUGUACUGGCCACUGGGGGUGGCUGGCUGCUCUUCACUCCUCUACCUCCAAGCGUACUGAACCCUACCUGUUCUGUGCCCUAAAUAUCCACACUACUCUUACAGUAAUAUUAUGACUCAGACACUCAUACAUAGGUGCAUAUCUAUGUACACACUGACACACACACACAAACAAACACAUCCUCAGAGAGACACACACUCACUCUCUGGUGUGUUUGUCUCCACAGAGCAUGAAAAGCACCGGCUGUGUAAGAGUGCCGACUACAUGAACCUGCACUUCAAGGUCAAGUGGCUGUACAAUGAGUAUGUGAAGGACCUGCCAAACUUCAAAGGGGUUGUACCCGACUACCCAUCGUGAGUUAACCGUGACUUGUCUAAACUUAACAGAAAUGUGUAUAAAAAUAGGUUCACUCUAUUUUACCACUUACUUCAAUAUCUCCCAUGUGCAGGUGGUUCUUACAGUUUGUGCUGCAGUGGCUGGAUGAGAAUGAAAGCGUUUCCAUGGAGUUCAUGCAUGGAGCUCUGGAGAGAGACAAGAAAGAUGGAGUAAGUAACUGGUAGUAGUUAUUUUCCCAUCUUUGUCAGUUAUUCACUAUAAACUAUAUAGUUACAUUUGUCUCCGUCCCCUUCUCCUUCCAGUUCCAGCAGACAUCUGAGCAUGCUCUCUUCUCCUGCUCGGUGGUGGACGUCUUCACCCAGCUCAACCAGAGCUUUGAGAUCAUCAAGAAACUGGACUGUCCUGACCCAAAGGUCAUGGCCCACUACAGCCGACGAUUCGCCAAGGUAACCUUACCCUCCUUGUCCUACCUAUCUAUCUGACCUGUAUGUACUGUACUGUAGACCAAUGCCUGGAGGGAUAGAUUGCUCUCUCAUAUCUCCACCCUCUGUGAGAUUCAUUUUAGGGAGCCUCUCCCCUAAGUCAUGCUUGAUUUGUACUUUUGGCUUGAAAUGUUUUUCAAACUAUAGCUAGGUUUCCAUCCAAUUGGCGACAUAUUUUCAUGUGAAUAUUCAAAAAUCUGCAUAAAAACAUGUAUGCACAUUUUCCCACCAGAGAUGUGUUUCCAUCAAAUUGACUUGUUGCGGAUAAAAGGCUGUGCGUGACGACGUAGUGCACAUAAAAAUAACUUUUGCGGUUGUAUUGAAUAAAAAAUACAAGUUAAAUGGGCUUCCACCGCAUUUUCAACUCUACUGAUGGUUUUGUCCAAAUUAAUGUUUGCAUUAUAUAGUGAAUGUGCCCACUCUGGUCUUGGCACGUGCGCUCUAGACAAGAGCUUGCACAUACAGUGCGGGUAUGCUACCUACUAAACCAUUGUCUGGGCAAAGGAGAUGAUGAAUAUGACGAGAUCUCUCUGCCCAGAAAGCUACCAUUCAAGCUACAAUUCACCAGCUCUGCAAGCGUUAUAAUGUCAAAAUACGUUAGUUACUCAACAAAUAUGCCUGCAACUAUCGUCAAUUACUGCCAUUACACCUGGUAUGUAUUGUACUUCCAAAAUAGGUCUAAAUAAAAUUACAAGCAACCACAUUUUACCCCCUUUUUUUCUCCCCAAUUUCGUGAUAUCCAAUUACGAUCUUGUCUCAUCGCUGCAACUCCCCAGCGGGCUCCAAAAAACAUGACCCGCCAAAACCACUCUUCUUAACACCCGCCUGCUUAACCCGGAAGCCAGCUGCACCAAUGUGUCGGAGGAAACACUGUUCAACUGACGACCGAAGCCGGCCAAACCCUCUCCUAACCCAGACGACGCUGGGCCAAUUGUGUGCCUCCCUAUGGGACUCCCGGUCACGGCCGGUUGUGACACAGCCUGGGAUCGAACCCGGGUCUGUAGUGACGCCUCAAGCACUGCGAUGCAGUGCCUUAGACCGCUGCGCCACUCCGGAGGCCCAACCCUGUUAAGUUUAUCCACAUUUAUUUCAUCUGUAGCCUAAUAAACUGCAUGCUUUCCCGAGUCGUAGUGGGAGGACCACACAACAUAUAAUUGCGUGACUCCAAGUUUACACCGCCAUUUCUCACCCAAUUAAUUUUACAGACACAAAAAGAUCCCACCUUGUCUAGCGUAUUUUGUUUUCUCGACAUUUGGAAAGUUUACCGACAAAUUAGCUUUUACAUCAGGCCUGUCGCAAAAAAUUUUUAUCUGACAUGUACUUUACUCCAUUUAAAUGGUUGGAUGGAAACCUGGUUAAUGGGAGAAAAAGUUUGGCAUUUGCUCAAACCUUUGAAAUAUCCCCAAAUCUCAUUAAAGUGAUUAAUGAUUAUGACCGCCCAUUGCAUUUUCUUCUUUGGAAAACAGCCAACUCUGCCCUUUAGAGAAAUCCUUACCUUUGCUUUUCUUAUUUUAGAGUACUAUACCAUUAUUACAGAUAUUAGCCCCAGAAAAUCCCAUUUCAAUAAAAGCAGCCGGAGCAUUGUCUGGGGGACUUUAACAUUUGUGUAAAGGAAUUGGAUAUGAUAUGUUCUCAUUAAAUAGAAAUGCCUAAUGGGACAAUCAUUCAAUGUACUCUCUUUCUAGCUGGGGUUGGGCUGGCACAGUCUAUAGAGAGACUGCAUCACAGAGAAUACAUUCAGGGAAUGCAUUCAUACUUUCAGUGGACUCUCUCCAGCAGUAGUUCUUCAGAAAAGUUACACGACAGUAACCUCACAUACCCUCACUAACUUUACCCAAAAACCACACUAGCCUCUAGCCAGUGUUAAAGGCCACUUCCCAUUCACAGAAAAGGAUGACUGUCAUUUAGUGGUUGGGAUGAGAUAUAUGACACUGAAACCUCACCCAUGUUUAGUUGGACACUGUAAUGACCUGUUUUCCUCCCCACAGACUAUUGCCAAAGUUCUUCUGCAGUACAGUGCCAUUCUGACCAAGAGCUUCCCCUCCUACUCUGACAAAGAGAAGAUCGUAAGUCUUCAUAUCCUGCCUUACACAACAUACAGUGCAUUCGGAAAGUAUUCAGACCCCUUGACUUUUUCCACAUUUUGUUACGUUACAGCCUUAUUCUAAAAUUGAUUAAAUUGUUUUUUUCCCUCACCAAUCUACACACAAUACCCCAUAAUGACAAAGCAUAAACUGGUUUUUAUACAUUUUUGCUAAUUUUAGAAUAAGGCUGUGACGUAACAAAAUGUGGAAAAGUCAAGGGGUCUGAAAACAUUCCGAAUGCACUUUAUCCUUAGAGUUUUUUAUGGGAGUUUCAACCUCUAAAUGGUCUCUGUAUCUAUCGCUUGCUCUCUUCCCCUGUGUAGCCCUGUGUACUGAUGAAUAAUGUGCAGCAGUUGCGUAUCCAGCUGGAGAAGAUGUUUGAGUCCAUGGGUGCCAAACAGGUAAGCAGCAACACUAUGUAUAGGAAGAGAUGUUAACAACUAGCUUUUUUCACAGAUGGGUAAGAUGGAGUCUGGGUGGAGGGUCGGGGUGAACAGUGUUCAUCCUCACUGUGCUCCGGACCACCAGGAACCUCCUGGAGAAGACUACAGGCGCAUUGUGUCUCUGGGCUCAUGCAGCCAGUUGAGCAGCCAUUGGUGUUACCAGGUUUUGAUUUAAAGGACUGAAUGAUGUGCUACUCUGCCAUCACACCUAGAUAAAUAGAGAACUUCAACUAUUUGCUAUGUGUGAACACAUGGUUCAAAUUGCUUUUGUGUGUGACUGCUCUUCAUAGACAAGAUUAUAAACAUGGUAUUUGUGUCUUUCUGUACCAGAUUGCAAAAGAGGAAGCAAUGGUAGGGAGAUGGUUCACGUGACUUAGAGUUGAGAAGUGGAUGUGUGCUACUGUAGUAUCCUGCCAUGUGGAAUAGAGCAUUAGAUCAAUAGCAUCUAUAGGCCAGUGCUUAUUGUGUAGAUUACUAGACUGUUAAAUUAACAUAUGCCCUUGGUGAUUCUAUUAUUUCCCUAGAUCAAUUUCCUAGAGUGCAAAAAGCUAUGUACGGUCUAUAGGUUUUCAUGACCAUACCUAUGUUUAGCAUCCCUACUUAAGAGCACUAUGUAGUAUCUAUAAGUUAAAUAUCUCUAGGACCUGCUUUAUUCUGAAUGAUUGAUUGUCCCUUUCUUACUGAGUAGUAAGUGAGUUAUUAUUUGGUUUGGAUGUUGAGUGAAGUAGUUUUAUAGUUUGGCCUAGUAAUCCCUUUGUUUUGGCUUACUGAAUUGUAGCACUAGACUGAGAACUUGAGUUUAAAUAGAUGUGUUUCCUUCGCUGCUUAAGAUUGACGAGCAGGUGGAUGAUGAGGAGGAGAAGGUGGGUGUGUGUUCACUUUUGGUUGAAGGCUGUUUGAUAGUUGCCAAAGUGUUGUUGUAGAGCUUCUUACAUAUUAAGGAUUUUCUAUCUCACCUUCCCCCUGACCAGCAGGUCAUAACUGAGGAUGAGGAGAGAAAGACUCUGGUGGGUAUAUGAUAUCAUUAGAAGAUUAAACAGGGAGACUGUAGAAUAGAGUUCACCCUCUAUAGAGCCUUUAGGAAUCCCCAUUGUAAAACCAUUGAUAACUCAACUAGCUAGAUUUCUCACAUGAUAGCUCCCUGUGGCCAAUUAGAUGAGUCUUUAGUCUUUUGAGGAAAUUGAAGUGUAAUGGGAAGAAAUUCUGCACACCGAGGAUCAAUUUCAGAUGAUUGGGGUUGUGAAAGUAAACUAGUAUCCAUAAUUGUUUGUGUAUUCACUGGCAUAUGGCUUGUGGUUGGGUUUUUCUAACGUAAGACAGUCAGUGUUACAGUUUAAUAAAUGUAGAGAGUGGAACUUUAAUCUGAGCUCUGUGUUUUCAAAGAAGCACAACUCUGGGGUUGUGUGAAGCCGUGAUGUUGUCUUGUUUGUGUCAAAGCUCUGUGUCGUGCUGUGAGGAGUUGAACUUGAAAGGCGGACUUUCAAGGAGGGAGAUAUGGGAUGUGUGUGGGAGGGAGUGAUUAGGAAUUGAGUUAUCCCAGAUUAAGCUUAGUAGGAAGAGUUCACAGAAACGUCACAGUACACGCUGACUCACACUCUUCUGCCUGUCAACACAAAUUAGACACUUGAAAGACAAGACACACUGUUCAAGUUUAAUUGUAAACAAGCACCAAUUAACUUUUUAGUUUUGUUUAUUUUGACAGUCAGAAAUAAACUACAGUAUCUUCAAAAUUAUACAAUAUAAUGGAAUGGUUGUAGACCGUUGACUGAUAAUAGACAUGCUACUGUUUACACUUCUCUCUAUUUAUCUGUAUCUGGAAAGCCUACACAGAGGUCUUCAUUAUAAGCACUCUGACCUUCAAAAUGUGGUGCUGACUUUUUGCAGUUAGCAGGAAUAAAAGGAACUUGGGCAUUUUCCCCCUCUUUUUUCCCCCCUAGGGCAACAUGGGCAAAAUGAUAGAAUGGCAGCAGGUGGGUGUAAGAAAAGAGGACAUUAUAUAUGUGCAUGUAUGAACAUUCUGUACAUGGGUAUAUAUAAUAUAUUGUUUUUGAACCUCACGUAGAAAACUGACGAUUACUUUUACUUAAAUACAGAAAAUGAUACUGUACUGUCUGAUACUGAUGUCAUUGUUGACAUGGUCGGCUGAUGUAACUUGUAAACCGACUCAGUGUAUCAAUCAGUUCUCUGAGGGUUUAUCAACCGUUCUGCCUCUGGCUGGAGGUUCACAGUAUGUUUUGUGUUCUGUCUCACUCCGACCCUUCAGGAAAGUGUGGAGGAGGUAGAGGAGGUUGAGGAGGAGCAGGUUGAGGUUUGUUGUUGGUGUAGUAGAGGUUGUGUCAGUGACACACUCAGUCACUGAUAUCGUCAUGGUCACACAUGGUCAUUCACACUCACUGCCCCUCUCUCCACUCACGUAGUGGUGGUCACACGCAUUCGCCACAUCAUUGUACCGUCUCAUGGUGGAAUAGGACACCGCCAUGGUUAACGUGGUGACUUUGAUCUUGUUGGGGUUUUCAUUGGUCAUGUGUUUGGUGCAACUCUCUCUUCCCCUAUAUGACUAAGGUAAUGUUGUCCCUUACCUGUUCUCUAAAGUGCAGCUGUCUUGCUCUCCAUUACACAGACAUCUCCUUCCCACAACUUCAUUUACUUUCAGACUACUAUGCAAUUUAAUUAUUUUGUUAUUUUCCUUUGUUUAUUUUGUUUUCAAUAGACUGACAAAGAGAAGGUGGGUUCAUUAUAAACAAAUGUUGCAUACAUACAGUAUGUACUCCUACAGUAUGCAUGCAAAGGUUUACUUUACUUCUUUUUACAAUUUUGUCUUUUGGUUAAGUCGAUUAUCCUAGAUCUUCUCCUGGUGUUAGUACUAGAUGGGUCUGUUGCUGGUGCAUACUUUAGUUAUUGCAACAAAACAGACACAUUUGACAGGCUCUUUUUUUACUCCCCUCCUCUCAAAGAUGGAUGCACCCCCGGAGGAAAAGGUGGGUUAGAGUUUGUGCCUUUCUCCCUGGGUUGGAUAGUGGAGCGGUAGCUAUGCUGCUCACACAAAUGUCACUGGUUCAUUGGUCAACACAUUCCCAAAUUGUUAUAAUAUCCUUUUAUGGCACCAUCAGAUAUUUACCAUGUAUUGUUAGCAAUGUUGUUUUUACCCUAUACUAGCUCUUGAUAAAAGACAGCAAUAAAUAUGGUCAUAUCUCCUUUUUCCCUCCCGCUCUCUGAUAGCCUGAAAAGAAAGACGAGGAGAAGGUGAGUGUAGUAAGGAUGUGACAUCCUCAGUGAGUUCCCAUCCCCUGUAACACUGUAUCACUCUCACUAACAGUCACUUACUCAGCAGUAUACACACGUACAGGAUGCUCAUGAAAAACAUCCUCCAUCUCUCCCUAUAGCCCCUGUAAGCCAUCCUCGUAUCCACUGGUGCAGAACUCAUUCAGUAGUCUCCCCUACAGCUGUCAUAUACUCUUGUCUAGAAUCUAGUGUGUGGUCUAGUCCCUGGCAGUCCAUGUAUCAGCUGGCUUAUUGUAGCGUUAGCUUAAUGGACCACAUCAUGUUGUCAUCUGUCUUGCUGGGGUUGCUUUAGGCCUCUGUGAGAUGGUUUCUGUCAGACUGAUGCUGUGGUUGUAGAUAUGGGGAACAUUGUGACCCCUGGUGGUCCUCAAAUAGUGUAUACUUCUGAGUCAAUAUCAUGAAUCUGCUGUCAUAUUAAACCGCCAUUUUCUUUCAUCUGCUUUCUUUGAAGGUGGUGAUUGUUACCGACAAAAAGGUGGGUUAGUCUGCAGGAGUGUGUUGUCUAAUAAGAAUAAGAAUGAGUGUAAUUAACUGGAAGAGAAGUAGCAGUGACAUUGCAAGUAUAAGGAAUCUCGCUACUUUAGUCAAACAUUUUUCAGUUUGAGUGACAUUGCCUUUUCUUGGCAAAAAGCAAAAUAACACGUUUUCUCCAUUGCUGCUGGACUAUUGUGUGUGCUCUACUUUGGCUUGCAAUUCGCAUACUUUACAGUAUGUGUAUUAUCUGGCGUCAAAGGGAAUUAUGUUGCUGUUUUUUUCCCCAUAUCUAUGGUUUUUGAGAAUCAUGCUUAACUGUUUUAAAAUGUUUAUAUAUGUAUGUAUAUGUGUGUAUAUAUAUAUAUAUGUGUAUAUAUAUAUAUGUAUAUGUGUAUAUAUAUGUAUAUGUGUACAGUCGUGGUCAAAGGCUUUGAGAAUGACACAAAUACUAAUUUUCACAAAGUCUGCUGCCUCAGUUUUGAUGAUGGUAAUUUGCAUAUACUCCAGAAUGUCAUGAAGAGUGAUCAGAUUAAUUGCAAAGUCCCUCUUUGCCAUGAAAAUGAACUUAAUCCCCCAAAAAGAUUUCCACUGCAUUUCAGCCCUGCCACAAAAGGACCAGCUGCCAUCAUGUCAGUGAUUCCCUCGUUAACACAGGUGAGAGUGUUGACGAGGACAAGGCUGGAGAUCACUCUGUCAUGCUGAUUGAGUUAGAAUAACAGACUGGAAGUUUUAAAAGGAGGGUGGUGCUUGAAAUCAUUGUUCUUCCUCUGUUAACCAUGGUUACCUGCAAGGAAACACGUGCCGUCAUCAUUGCUUUGCACAAAAAGGGCUUCACAUGCAAGGAUAUUGCUGCUAGUAAGAUUGCACCUAAAUCAACCAUUUAUCGGAUCAUCAAGAACUUCAAGGAGAGAGGUUCAAUUGUUGUGAAGAAGGCGUCAGGGCGCCCAGGAAAGUCCAGCAAGCGCCAGGACCGUCUCCUAAAGUUGAUUCAGCUGCGGGAUCGGGGCACCACCAGUGCAGAGCUUGCUCAGGAAUGGCAGCAGGCAGGUGUGAGUGCAUCUGCACGCACAGUGAGGCGAAGACUUUUGGAUGAUGGCCUGGUGUCAAGAAGGGCAGCAAAGAAGCCACUUCUCUCCAGGAAAAACAUCAGGGACAGACUGAUAUUCUGCAAAAGGUACAGGGAUUGGACUGCUGAGAACUGGGGUAAAGUCAUUUUCUCUGAUGAAUCCCCUUUCCGAUUGUUUGGGGCAUCCGGAAAACACCUUGUCCGGAGAAGACAAGGUGAGCGCUAACAUCAGUCCUGUGUCACGCCAACAGUAAAGCAUCUUGAGACCAUUCAUGUGUGGGGUUGCUUCUCAGCCAAGGGAGUGGGCUCACUCACAAUUUUGCCUAAGAACACAGCCAUGAAUAAAGAAUGGUACCAACACAUCCUCCAAGAGCAACUUCUCCCAACCAUCCAAGAACAGUUUGGUGACGACCAAUGCCUUAUCCAGCAGUGAUAACUAAGUGGCUCGGGGGAACAAAACAUCGACAUUGUGGGUCCUUGGCCAGGAAACUCUCCAGACCUUAAUCCCAUUGAGAACUUGUGGUCGAUCCUCAAGAGGCGGGUGGACAAACAAAAACCCACAAAUUCUGACAAACUCCAAGCAUUGAUUAUGCAAGAAUGGCUGCCAUCAGUCAGGAUGUGGCCCAGAAGUUAAUUGACAGCAUGCCAGGGUGGAUUGCAGAGGUCUUGAAAAAGAAGGGUCACACUGCAAAUAUUGACUCUUUGCAUAAACUUAAUGUAAUUGUCAAUAAAAGACUUUGACACUAAUGGAAUGCUUGUAAUUAUACUUCAGGAUACCAUAGUAACAUCUGACAAAAAUAUCUUAUAACACUGAAGCAGCGAACUUUGUGAAGACCAAUACUUGUGUCAUUCUCAAAACUUUUGACCACGACUGUAUAUAUAUACAGUUGAAGUCGGAAGUUUACAUACACUUAGGUUGGAGUCAUUAAAACUUGUUUUUCAACCACUCCACAAAUGUAUUGUUAACAAACUAUAGUUUUGGCAAGUCGGUUAGGACAUCUACUUUGUGCAUGACACAAGUAAUUUUUCCAACAAUUGUUUACAGACAGAUUAUUUCACUUAUAAUUCACUGUAUCACAAUUCCAGUGGGUCAGAAGUUUACAUACACUAAGUUGACUGUGCCUUUAAACAGCUUGGAAAAUGACAGAAAAUGAUGUCAUGGCAUUAGAAGCUUCUGAUAGGCUAAUUGACAUCAUUUGAGUCAAUUGGAGGUGUACCUGUGGAUGUAUUUCAAGGCCUACAUUCAAACUCAGUGCCUCUAUGCUUGACAACAUGGGAAAAUCAAAAGAAAUCAGCGAAGACCUCAGAAAAAAUAUUGUAGACCUCCACAAGUCUGGUUCAUCCUUGGGAGCAAUUUCCAAACGCCUGAAGGUACCACUUUCAUCUGUACAAACAAUAGUAUGCAAGUAUAAACACUAUGGGACCACGCAGCCGUCAUACCGCUCAGGAAGGAGACGCGUUCUGUCUCCUAGAGAUGAACAGACUUUGGUGCGUAAAGUGCAAAUCAAUCCCAGAACAACAGCAAAGAACCUCGUGAAGAUUCUGGAGGAAACAGGUACAAAACUAUCUACAGUAAAACGAGUCCUAUAAUGACAUAACCUGAAAGGCCGCUCAGCAAGGAAGAAGCCACUGCUCCAAAACCUCCAUUAAAAAGCCAGACUACGGUUUGCAACUGCACAUGGGGACAAAGAUCGUAAUUUUUGGAGAAAUAUCCUCUGGUCUGAUGAAACAAAAAUAGAACUGUUUGGCCAGAAUGACCAUCGUUAUGUUUGGAGGAAAAAGGGGGUUGUUUGCAAGCCGAAGAACACCAUCCCAACCGUGAAGCAGGGGGUGGCAGCAUCAUGCUGUGGGGGUGCUUUGCUGCAGGAGGGACUGGUGCACUUCACAAAAUAGAUGGCAUCAUGAGGAAGGACAAUUAUGUUGAUAUAUUGAAGCAACAUCUCAAGACAUCAGUCAGGAAGUUAAAGCUUGGUUGCAAAUGGGUCUUCCAAAUGGACAAUGACCCCAAGCAUACUUCCAAAGUUGUGGCAAAAUGCCUUAAGGACAACAAAGUCAAGGUAUUGGAGUGGCCAUCACAAAGCCCUGACCUCAAUCCUAUAGGAAAAUGUGUGGGCUGAACUGAAAAAGCGUGUGCGAGCAAGGAGGCAUACAAACCUGACUCAGUUACACCAGCUCUGUCAGGAGGAAUGGGCCAAAAUUCACCCAACUUAUUGUGGGAAGCUUGUGGAAGGCUACCCGAAACGUUUGACCCAAGUUAGACAAUUUAAAGGCAAUGCUACCAAAUACUAAUUGAGUGUAUGUAAACUUCUGACCCACUGGGAAUGUGAUUAAAUAAAUAAAAGCUGAAAUAAAUCAUUAUCUCUACUAUUAUUGUGACAUUUCACAUUCUUAAAAUUAAGUGGUGAUCCUAACUGACCUAAGACAGGGAAUUUUUACUAGGAUUAAAUGUCAGGAAUUGUGAAAAACUGAGUUUAAAUGUAUUUGGCUAAGGUGUAUGUAAACUUCCGACUUCAACUCUAUAUAUAUGUACAGUUGAAGUCGGAAGUUUACAGGGUAUGUAAACUUCUGACCCACUGGAAUUGUGAUACAGUGAAUUAUAAGGGAAAUAAUCUGUAUGUAAACAAUUGUUGGAAAAAUUACUUGUGUCAUGCACAAAGUAGAUGUCCUAACCGACUUGCCAAAACUAUAGUUUGUUAACAAUAAAUUUGUGGAGUGGUUGAAAAACGAGUUUUAAUGACUCCAACCUAAGUGUAUGUAAACUUUCGACUUCAACUGUAUAUGUGUGUGUAUAUAUAUAUAUAUUUUUUUUUUUUCAUUUUUUUUUUCUCUUGCAAAUAAAUAAAUAUAUUUAUAUUUAUUUAUUUGCGAGAGAAAAUAAAAUAUGAAAAAAAAAAAAUUACACAUUUUUUUCUGUACUCAUACUUAUCAGACUGUCUCUGUGUGCUUCUCUGUGUCUGUCUGCCUUAAUGUCUGUCUGACUGUAUCUGUAUGUCUGCCUUUCUCUGUCUGCCUGUUUUUCUGCAGCUGGACACAGAAGCCAGUGACCUCCUGAACGAGCUUCAGGUCAAGCUGAACAAUGUGCUGGAUGAGCUGAGUACCACGUUUGGAAACAGGUACACACAUGCUCCCACACACACACGCACAACACAGUCCCGGGAUUCGAAUAUGUACACACUCCCCAUAGACUCAUGCACACAGCUUCAGUCUGUAGUAUAUGGAGUCCAUUUUGGCUCUGAACCCUAACCCCUGUGGCUCCUUUCUCUCCUGUAGUUUCCAGGUCCGUAUUGAUGACUGUAUGAGACAGAUGGCCUCUCUGCUGUACCAGAUCAAGGGCCCAGUCAACGCCAACAGCCGCAACAUGGUGGAGGCCGACUCGGACAACAUGCUGCGGCCACUUAUGGACUUCCUGGAUUCAAAGUGAGUGGAUCCCUCCUGCUUCCCUAUUGGCUGCUGAUUUGGUGGCGUCCAUUUUGGUGCCUUCCCUCUGAAGUCAAAGGUGUUUUUGUCAGUAUGUUGUGCCAUGUUGCGUGAUUGUGUAUUUGUUGAUUUGCUGUAUGUCUUGUCUCAUUAAACGUGCGUGUGUCUAUGCAGGUUAACGCUGUUUGCCACGGCGUGUGAGAAGACUGUUCUAAAGCGGGUUCUGAAAGAGUUGUGGAGGAUUGUGAUGAGCAGCCUGGAGAAGACCAUCGUUCUGCCCCAAGGAAACGACACCUUUGUAAGGCCUAACACCCUCAUAACAUUUACCUUCAGACCUGGGCCUUUUCCUCAUGACCCUCGACUUCAAACACACUAUCACCUAAUGUUAUGUGUAUUUCUCUCCUCAGGGGGCUCAGAUCCUGUCUGCAGCCAAGGAACUGGGGCAGCUUUCCAAGCUCAAGGAUCACAUGGCAGGAGAGGCCAAAAGCCUGACACCUAAACAGUGUGCUGUCAUGGAUAUAGCACUGGACACAAUCAAAGUUUGUCUUUGAGUUUAUAGUCAAACAUACACCUGUGGUAAAGUUACUACUUAGAUGAUGAGCCUUGUUGCUGAGCCUUUAAUUACAGGCCUCAUUCAUUGUACUGUAGAGAAACAAACCUUCCAUCUCCCUCUCUUUUCCCAUCUUCUUCCCCUCUUCUUCAUCUCUCUUUCUCUCUCUCUCUCUCUCCCGCUCUCUCACUCUCCCGCUCUCUCACUCUUCUGCAGCAAUACUUCCAUGCAGGAGGGAACGGUCUGAAGAAGGCAUUCCUGGAGAAGAGUCCUGAGUUGACCUCACUACGCCAUGCUCUGUCCCUCUACACACAGACCACAGACACACUCAUCAAGACCUUUGUCACAACACAACACACACAAGGUAAGGCGGCGUGCAUGCACAAACACACACACACAAUAGCAUCAGUCUGCUUCCCAUUGUUUCUAACUAAAUACUGUACAUAACGCAGUCAUAAAAUAAGACCUUUGCUUCUCCCCUGCUUUGCCACCAGGGGUAACCAGAGAGGCUCCAGUGCUCCCUCUUGAGUACUGUUCUAUUUAGUGUUGGGCUUGAAGUUGAUCUAUCAGCUAAAUACGGUGUAUGCCUCUAUUACAUACCUCAAAACUAGCUUUCUCUGGCUGUGUGACUGUUCUGUGAGUUGUUGCCGAACUCUAAAAUGACUCUCUGCUGCCAUUUGACACGUUUGCUUAUUUGUCUUCUCUCUUGUGAUCUCUUCUGCUGCCUCCUCACCAGUGCACAAUGGGAAGGGUAUUAGGUUAACUCCCAACGAAAAAAUACAACCCUCCAGGGGUAGGUUGUGCCAUUAAUGGAUAGCAUGUGCUAACAACCCCUCUCUCCUUUACUCUGUUUACAUAAACCCCCUCCCAUCUGCCCCUGUGGGUGAAUUUGCCCCAAACACCAACCCUGACUGAUCCUCCUCCUGGUUGUAUGACCCUACCCAUACCCUCUCCUCCUCCUCCCUAAAGGAUACUACUCCUGGUAUCUAUAAUCACUGACCACCAUUGGAAGAUAAUGUCUUGUGUUUCUAUCUGUGUACACUAGGCUCAGGAGUGGACAAGCCGGUGGGAGAGAUAUCCAUACAGAUCGACCUAUUCACCCACCCUGGUACUGGGGAGCACAAAGUCACUGUCAAAGGUUUGUAUAUUUGUACAGUUAAGGAAAAAUUACUCCAAUUAACCCUUUUUCUCUUUCUCUCCCCAUCCCAACAAACUAACUAAUCUCCUUCCUCGUUGUACCAGUGGUGGGAGCCAAUGAUCUGAAGUGGCAGACCUCUGGGAUGUUCCGGCCCUUUGUGGAGAUCACCAUGAUCGGACCCCACCUCAGUGACAAGAAGCGCAAGUUCCAAUCAAAGUCCAAGAACAACAGCUGGGCACCCAAGUUUAACGAGACCUUCCACUUGUGAGUCCAGAGUCAAGCAAUAGUACAGUAGCAUGUUGCCUAAAAUAAUCCAUGUGUAGCCCCUUGAAAUAGCCAUUGCUCAUUGUAAAAAAAGUAUACAAAAUAAUCUCUCACUCCCUCCCUCCCCUCCUCCAUGUCUCCUCAGUAUCCUGGGUAACGAGGAUGGCUUUGAGUGCUACGAGCUGCAGAUGUGUGUGAAGGACUACUGUUUUGGCCGUGCCGACCGGGUGGUGGGCAUGGCUGUGAUGCAGCUGCGGGACGUAGCAGAGAAGGGCAGUGUGGCGUGCUGGUGCCCCCUUGGCCAGCGGGUCACCAUGGACGAUACAGGCCUCACCGCCAUGCGCAUCCUCUCCCAGCGCUCCAACGACGAGGUGGCCAAGGAGUUUGUCAAGCUCAAGUCUGAGAUACGCUCUGAGGAGGAGGGCAGAUGA